UUCGUCCACUUCACAGCCAUACUCGUCUAUCGUGGCUUCCGCAAUGUGCGCAAGAAGACCCUCAAGUGGACACAUGCCGGCAUUCAUUUGACUGCCUUCGUAUUGACCGUCAUUGCACUGAUCACCGUCUUCGAUUCGCACAACUUGGCCAAUCCACCAACACCGAACAUGUACUCGUUGCACUCGUGGGUGGGUAUGGGCGCUGUCAUCGUCUUCGGCUUGCAAUAUGUGGCCGGAUUUACAGCUUAUCUCGCACCCGGCUGGCGGCAGGCACUCAAGGUCGCCUACAUGCCAUUGCACAUAUACUUCGGACUCUUCGGCUUCGUCUUGGCCAUAGCAAGCGCACUCAUGGGCAUCACCGAGAAGGCUAUAUUCGCUAUUUCCGAUUACUCAUCGUUCUCGAGUGCUGGCGUCAUGGGUAACUGUUUGGGCGUGGUCUAUGUGAUUUUCGGCGCUUUGGUGGUCUAUCUGGUUACUGAGGGUUCCUAUAAGCGCAAACCAUUGCCGGAGGACGCUGUGCUCCUCACGGGUGCUAAUGAAUAAAUACAUGCAUAUAUGUAUGUGUAUGUGUGUGGACAAGCAGCUGAUUUGUUUGUGUAAAGCUGUGCAGUGAAAUAGUCGCGAAGUUGAAACUCUAUGUUCUUACUUUCCAUUAAUGUUACUAUGUUUUGAAGCAGUUAUGUAGCGGUUUAUGUAUGUAGAAUAUGCUAUUUGCCAAGACAACGAUGCAAAUCGCGAAUUCGCGGAGCGAGGGGGGCGACAAAUGCAUACAAACAUGCAUAUAUAGAAAUAUUAUAUAAAUCAGCUUCAUAUAUACAUAUAUAAGCAAACGCACAUUUAUACGCAAGCAUUUGCACAAAUACAACAACUUUAUGCUUGUGUGUUGGUAUGUGUGCCGUCACAUUAGGGUGCUUAUUUUAAUUUGCGUACUUUUUGGUGCUUAUUUUAAGUAUUUUGUUUUUUUGUCUUUAAUGUGUUUCUGUUUUACCUAA